GCCCAUCUGGCUCAUGAGAUUUGUUCGCGAGCCCCAGUUCGAUCAGUCGUGGCCGAGCGUGUGUGGCAGAGUUUUGGGUGGCGCGGCCAGAUCCUGACUGGGGGCCCAAUCGCGGACGUGAGCGCAGAGGGCGCGGUGACUCCGCAUGCCCGUGAGACCAUCGAUGUUGCCACCAGAUGCUCUCAGCGCAGAGGUUGCAGACGUGACCUCCGAGUUCGAGUCGAAGCCAUGGACCUGCACCGCAGCGGCUGCAGGAGAUCCUGGCUGUCUCUGGGCGCCUGCUUUUCCGGCAGGCGGGGCCUUCCCCCGAGGGGCCUCCGAGCCGGAGCCGGCGCGGCGGCACCGCGUCUCGCGCCGCAUCAUCGUCCGCGCCCGCAACAAGCACCUGGCCGAGCGCCGGGCCCUGCGCGAGGGCGGCGCGCGGGCUGCCGCCGAGGGUGCGGACGGCGGCUCGGCUCGGGCGCCCUCCAAGGGUACAGGCGGCGGCGCAGGCCCGCAGGCCGCUGUCCAGGACGCGAGCGGCUUCGACGUGGCGUUCGUGCCGAUGGCAGCUGGCAUCCCGUCAGCGCCGCUAGCGCACAGCCAGACUGCGGGAGUGUCGAACACGGUCUGCAUCUCCAACACACCGGGCCAGUUGAACACGGGGAUGCAGGCCGCGCGGGAUUUGGCCCAGCUGGGGGAAAUCGCCCGAAUCGACUUCGGUCUCGCAAGCAUCAGGGAUAUGCUGGUCACGUACUUCGACGUGCGGGAUGCCCAGACGGCACUGCUGCGCCUGGCUUCCUGCGCCGCGCCGUUCCCGCAGGCGGCGCAGGACUCUCGGGUCGUCUUGGUGGAUGUGGAUGGCUUCUGCGCGAAGACGGGCCGCACAGCAGGAUUCCAGGACUUUGGAGAGGUGGCCAACGUCGACGUUGUUGCGGGGCAGCUGGUCGUCGAGUUCUACGACCUUCGCUCUGCACAGGCGCUCUUGGCGGCAGCAGGUGACUGUGCCACCCUGGUGCCCAGCAGCGCCUUUGCACCGCCCGCUCCCGUGGUGGCCCCCGUGAAAGCUGACCCCAUUGGCGUCGGCAGCGCCGCAGACGGUGCUGCACAGCAGGUCAGCGACGAGACCAAGCACCGCACCGCGCAGACAAAGGUGGGCGUCCGUUGCAUCCUCGACGAGAUCGCGCACGGCCAGAAGCCCCUGGUCGGCCACAAUUGUUUUUACGAUUUCUUGCACCUCUACCAGACGUUCUAUGGCGAUCUGCCAGAGAGCAUCAAUGAGUUCAAGGCGCAGUGGCUGCAGCACUUCCCCCAGACGCUGGACACGAAGUACUUGGCAGAGGCCCACGAGCUGCUGGCGGGCCUGCAGCCCCCCUCCACCCUGAAGGGCCUCUGCGACUUCAUGGUGCAGACGGCGGGGACGAGCCAGGGCACGCCGGGCGGGCCGCUGCCGAUGUCGUACGAGGUGAACUCGCUCCCCGGGGUGGAGUACAG